GGUAUGACGGUGGUGAAUUUAUCAUUUGCUGCGGCUGGGUUUUUAGGAGCAUAUCAUCUGGGAGUAACAGAGGCGUUACUGAGACAUGGAGAUAAGCUGCUGUCCUCUUUAAAAGCCUGUGCUGGAGCUUCAGCUGGUGCUUUAGUGGCCACUGUGAUUAUCACUGCUCCUGAUAAACUACAGCAUUGUAAGGAAUUCACCUACAGCUUUGCCAGUAAUGUAAGGAGUCAGAGGUUUGGAGCUGUGACGCCAGGAUAUGACUUCAUGCUUGAACUGAGGGAGGGUAUCGAAGAGAUUCUCCCGCCUAAUGCCCACCAGUUAGCCAAUGAACGCCUCCAUGUUUCAAUAACACACUCAAAGACGCGCAAGAACAGCAUGGUGUCCAGCUUCACCUCAAGGGAAGAUCUCAUUAAGGUGCUCUUGGCCAGCUGCUUCGUGCCUGUCUAUGCUGGAGUGAAGCCAGUGGAGUUCCAAGGGCAGAAAUGGAUAGAUGGGGGAUUCACAGACAGUCUUCCUAUUCUUCCUGUGGGACGCACAAUCACAGUGUCACCAUUUAGCGGCCCUCAGGAUAUUUCCCCGGCUCAUAAAGGCAUAAGUAAUCUUCAUCUCAGACUGGCCAACAUGAGCGUUAUGUUCUCCAAAGACAACAUCACACGGCUGAACCAGGCUCUGUUUCCUCCCUCAUUAACCAGACUCAAAGCACUGGAACAGGAGGGAUACCAGGAUGCUGUUGACUUUUUAAAGAAAGAAAGAUGGAUGCAGUAGCUGAUUUUCUCAUUUUUAGCUAUUUCAACACCACCUUGAAUAUCUAAAAUGUGACACAUUGACACCACUUUCCUCUGUGGCAUGCAGUAUUUGCUGUUUAGUGUAACAAUCAUACUUUGAUUCGCUGUCUACUUUUAUUCUCCAGAUAUAAAAGCACAGUAAAAUGCAUCAUGUAUUUUGGGAGACUGGAUGAUAGUGUCAUAAACAGUCACUUUCUAUUGCACAGCUUUAAAGUAACUCCUGUUCUCGGGGCACUUACAAAACACAGUGUUCCUUGCGAAUGACUAAAUCGAGUCUUUAAAUAUUUUUAAAACUCCUUUUGUUGGAAUCUGUUUAUAAUGGUCUUUAAACCUCAGUCAGUCCCAAGAACAACAACUCACCUUUUGCUAACAUUUGCUGCACAUAUCAAUGCAAGGUUUCUGUAGGUCCUUGAGGACAACCAUAGAGAACAAGCCUUUGAAGUAAAGCCACAGGAGAGGCCGUUUGAACUCCACGAGUCUCCUCACCUCACAGAACAAUUGCUUUACCUGCACUUGAUUCCACGAGAGAGUUAUGAUCAUUUUUCUGUCUGUGAGAAUAACAUCUCCCUGGGGAAGGUUUGAGGAUUAGCAAAGGCUUGUGGGUAUUUGUUAUGUGGUGGCGUAGAGAGAAACAGCUGAUGCACACACCCAACUGCAAGUUAUCCAAUCAUAUGGAAUAAAUUGUACAAUUUUGCAAUCAAGUAGCAAUUUUAUUGGUUUAGAGCAGUUAGAGUUGUCAAAAGAUAAAGGGAUAGUAAGAAUUGCUUAUGUGAAAAUACAUCAAUUGUAAUUGGUCUUCAUUAGAAGGAAGAGGAAUGUUAUAAACUGAGCAACAUUAGCUUAAUAAAGAUGGAUUGUUUAGCACGUCGCUCGGCGGCAGCAUGGGACAUUUACAUCCGUCUUUAAAUGAUGCACACAUUCAUAUGUGCUGGGUUGAUCUAUGAACAGCAGGUUGAAUCUAACGGAAGUUAU